UCAGACUGUUUUAAAGGUCUACAGAUGGAUUGUAGCCUCAUGAUAGCUCUAUUAAAGGGUUUCCACUUUAUAUCUUCAUGUAAAAACAAAGGAGAUGAUUGUGAGUCAUUUUCAGACUUGCACUGAAAUAAUAAUUGUAUAUUUAUACCAAAUAGGCUAUAAGCUGUGAUUGUUGAGGAACAUCAGACAACUAGAUAUAAAUCAGAUAUUUAGCUUUCACAUUUAACCCUCUCAUGGCUGUAAAGGGGUUAUCCCUGUUCAUCCUGACACAACAGUGAGAAAAGUGAGUGAAUAUUUAAGAAUUAUUCCGCCAAAAACCAUUAGGACUAUAAAAAUAACAUUUAUGCGUUAUAAAGAGGAGCUGGUCAGUUUUCAUGGUUGUUAAACCAGAAUCUCUAGUUCGAAUUAAAACAUUUUAUUUUCUAGAUCUCAUUUAAACACCAUUUUACAGACAAGACAGAGUUAGAUAUUUAUAUAAAACUCAGGCUUUAUGAAAAGAAAAACGAUUUAAACGACUAAAACAGAAAUAAAAACAAUGAAACCGGAAGUAGAACAGUUCAAGAACAUUUGAAUAUAAAAUAAUUUUUUUCAAUCAGGAAGACAUCAGAUAAAAGUAAAAUAAAUAUGUAAAUUAAAACUUUAAAAUAAUAAUAAAAAACAGGAAAUCAGGUUAGAUUUCCGACCUUUCCUUUCAAAAUAGAAUAAUCUGCUAAUUAUUAGACCUGCGUUUUUCUAGAUCUUUUAUACUGAAAAUCUUUUCCGGAAGUGUCUGUGUUAUUGCCGCCCGGUACUUUGACGCUGCGGUGCGUCAGUCCGCUGUUGCUCGUGCAGGAUCCGCUUCGUGUCUCCGCGGAGGCUCGGACUCAGACCGUUACCGAAACCAGGACCCGGGACCAGGACCAGGACCAGACCCUGGGCAGCAUGACGUCAUCAACAGAGAGGGGCAGCCUGACGUCAUUAGCAGCGGGACCGGAGAGACUCAGGAUCUGCUGAGAGUAGCAGCUAGCCGGGCAGCUAACGGCGCGAUGACCGCGGAGCAGAGCGGAACGAUCCGCAGCCGCAUCCGGAAGCUGCUGCGCUCCCCCACUAUCACGCUGCGCCGCGGCAGCGGCACCGCGCGGCAGCGACAGGAGCGGAGCGGCAAGGUGACGUUAGAGAAGGUUCUGGGGAUUUCGGCUCCAGGUAAUCGCGCGUUGGCCUGUGACCCGAAGACUGGUCUGCUGGCUUAUCCUGCUGGGUGUGUGGUUGUCCUGCUGAAUCCUCGGAAGAACAAACAACAUCACAUUUUCAAUAGCUCCAGAAAGGCCAUCACGACGUUGGCAUUUUCUCCUGAUGGGAAAUAUGUGGUCACGGGAGAGAGCGGUCACAUGCCGGCGGUGCGGGUGUGGGAUGUGUCUGAGCAUGUGCAGGUGGCAGAGCUGCAGGAGCACAAAUAUGGCGUUGCCUGUGUUUCAUUUUCUCCAAACGGGAAGUUUAUCGUCAGCAUCGGAUUUCAGCACGACAUGAUGGUCAACGUGUGGAACUGGAAGAAAAACGUCCUUGUUGCGGCCAAUAAGGUGUCUAGUAAGGUGACGGCGGUCUCCUUCUCUGACGACAGCUCCUACUUUGUUACAGCUGGUAACCGUCACGUGAAGUUCUGGUACCUGGACCAUUCGAAGACCUCUAAGGUAAACGCCACCGUCCCUCUGAUGGGGCGUUCAGGGUUACUCGGAGAGCUCAGGAACAACUUCUUUAGUGAUGUGGCGUGUGGACGGGGCCGCCAGGCAUCCUCCACCUUCUGCAUCACUUCCUCCGGUCUGCUCUGUGAGUUCAAUGACCGCCGCCUCCUCGACAAGUGGGUGGAGCUAAGGGUGUCUCAGGCCACCUGCCUGUCCGUCACAGAGGAGCUGAUUUUCUGUGGUUGCUCAGACGGGGUCGUUAGGGCGUUUAGUCCUGUUAACCUUCACUUCCUGUGCACUUUGCCCCGCCCACACAGUCUGGGAGUGGACAUCGCCAAAAUGGUGGAUGCCAGUCAGCUGUUCUCCUGCAGGUCUGAGGCUCGUUACCCCGACACCGUGGCCUUGACCUUUGACCCCAGUAGUCAUUGGCUGUCAUGUGUGUAUAAUGAUCACAGUGUUUAUGUUUGGGACGUCAGAGACCUGCGAGACCCCCGCAAGGCAGGAAAACUGUACUCUGCGCUCUAUCACUCGUCCUGCGUCUGGAGCCUGGAGGUGUACCCUGAGGGAGGAGGGGGAGGCAGGGGUGGUGAGGGAGGUCUCCCCCCUGGGUCGUUCCUGUCCUGCUCCUCAGACAACACCAUCCGCCUGUGGAACCUGGACGGGGCCAGCGUCCUGAACAGGAACAUCCUGAGUCAGGACCUGCAGAAGGUGAUCUACCUGGACGACAUCGGCUACCUGCUGGACACAGAGAGCUCCGCCUCCAUCACUGGGGGCAGUGCAGAGAAGGCUGGGCUAUCAGAGGGUCAGCAGGGUGAUCUGAGUCGGGCAGGGAUCAGGACUCUGAGGGUCAGCCCAGAUGGACUACACCUGGCCUCUGGAGACCGCAUGGGAGUCCUCAGGAUCCACGACUUGGAGAACAUGGAGGAGAUCUUAAACGUUCAGGCUCAUGACUCUGAGAUCCUCUGCCUCGAGUUCUCCAGACCUGACACAGGUCUCCAGUUAUUAGCCACGGCCGGCCGGGACCGUCUGAUCCACGUCUUGGAUGCGGGUACAGACUAUCGCCUGGUCCAGACUCUGGACGAACACUCGUCCUCGAUCACUGCUGUCAGAUUUGCUGCCAAUCAGGGGAAAGUGAGGAUGAUCAGCUGUGGAGCCGAUAAGAGCAUCUACUUCCGCACUGCUCAGCAGGAGGACGAGGGACUGGAGUUCGUCCGGACUCAUCACGUGGUGAGGAAGACGACUCUUUAUGACAUGGAUGUGGAGGCAACCAGGAAGUACGCAGCAGUGGGCUGUCAGGACCGCAGCAUCAGGAUUUUUAACAUCAGCAACGGUAAACAGAGGAAGGUCUUUAAAGGCUCUCAGGGAGAGGAUGGGACUCUGAUCAAGUCUAACCAGACCUCCCAGUCUAACCCAUCCCUCCCAGUCUAA